GCGAGGCGCUCGCUCGUCAGCUGUGACGGAGACGGAAACUCCGUGCUGCUGUCUUCUGUUUCCGCAGCCGAAAUCUCCCGUUUCCCUUCCUGGGCCUUUCGGCGAGAGGUGGCAACCGGGCUGAGCUGGGAUGAAAACCUUGUGGCAUUCCAUAUGGUGAAGUGCUGUUUCCAUAAUCCUUUACAGUAUGGAGUAAAAACUUUCUAUGAAGAAUAAUAAGAAUAUAUUCAGCAGUUAAGUUACACUUGAACACCUUACAAAUUACUAUGAGUUUGCUACAUAGCAACACCAGCUUUGAAACCAAUAGUCAAGAGAGUGGCUGCUGUGCAGCCAUGGCCAGUGCUUGCAGUGCUGCAGCCAAGGAAGAGAGCAUCAAUGCCAGUAUCAGCAAUGAGACUGGUGGAACACUUUCAAACUCUUUCAUGGAGGAAACACAAGGCUAUGAUGUAGAGUUUGAUCCACCGCUGGAAAGUAAAUACGAAUGCCCCAUCUGUUUAAUGGCUCUGCGGGAAGCAGUACAGACGCCAUGUGGACACCGUUUCUGCAAAGCAUGCAUUGUAAAAUCUAUAAGAGAUGCCGGUCAUAAAUGCCCAAUAGACAAUGAAAUCUUACUAGAAACUCAACUGUUUCCUGACAACUUUGCAAAACGAGAAAUCCUCUCACUGACAGUGAAAUGUCCUAAUAAGGGCUGUAACCAGAAGAUGGAAUUAAGGCAUUUAGAGGAUCAUCAGCAACACUGUGGUUUUGCUUCUGAAAAGUGUCCCCAGUGCCAGGGAAUUUUCCAGAAGAAUCAGCUACAAGAACACAUCAAGCUAGAAUGCCCACGGCGGCAAGUCUCCUGUCCAAACUGUGCAUUGCUGAUGCCUUAUGAAGAAAAAGAGGUUCAUGAUGGAGUAUGCCUUUUGGCGAAUGUCUGCUGUGAGUACUGUAACACAGUACUAAUCAGAGAACAGUUACCUAAUCACUAUGAUAAUGAUUGUCCUACCGCUCCUGUACCAUGUACCUAUAGUGAUUUUGGAUGUCCAGAAAAAAUGCAGAGAAAUGAGCUGGCACGCCAUUGGCAAGAGUUCACUCAGGUUCAUAUGAGAAUGAUGGCUCAGACUCUCCGGAAUUUUCAUGUUACGGAUCCAGCUUCUGGAAAUUUCCAUGGUGGUUUAUCCUUUGACCCAUCCCUCUUCUCUCAAGCCAUGCCACCAUCAUGUGAAUGUAGCCCUGAAGUCCGGAACUUCAAGGAGACCAUUCAGCAGCUGGAAGGUCGUUUGGUGAGACAGGAUCACCAAAUCAGAGAACUCAUUGCCAAAAUGGAAACCCAAAACUCCCAGAUGGGGGAUCUCAAAGGAACAAUUAAAAAUCUAGAGGAGAAAAUCACUGAAUUGGAAGCACAGCAGUGUAAUGGUAUUUUCAUAUGGAAGAUUGAGCAUUUCAGUGUUUAUCUGAAAGCCCUAGAAGAAGAAAGACCUGUUGUGAUCCACAGCCCAGGUUUCUAUACAGGGAAGCCUGGCUACAAACUUUGCAUGCGUUUGCAUAUCCAGCUUCCAAAUGUUCAGAGGUGUGCUAACUAUAUUUCCCUUUUUGUUCAUAUUAUGCAAGGGGAGUAUGACAAUUAUCUUCCCUGGCCAUUUCAAGGCACCAUACGCCUUUCUGUUCUGGAUCAGUCGGAAGGAUCUCCAAGGCAAAACCAUGAAGAAGUAAUGGAUACCAAGCCUGAGCUGCUAGCUUUCCAGCGCCCAAAAACCCGUCGCAACCCAAAAGGUUUUGGAUAUGUGACUUUUAUGCAGUUGCAAACUCUAAAACAAAGAACAUAUAUAAAAGAGGAUACUGUAUUGGUACGUUGUGAGGUUUUAACACGUUUGGACGUAAUGAGUCCCCGAAGAGAAGGUUUUCAGCCUCGCAGCGCUGAUGGGACAAUGUAGUCCAGCUUGCCUACAGUCUUGAGCUGUUGCUUUUAAUUGUGAGAAAUUAUGCACAAAAAAAGGGUUCCUUGGGAACAAGGGAGGCAGAAAGAAAACUGCCAUAUGCAGAAGGCAGUGUUUUUGCAGGAAGUGGAAACUGUUUUCUCUUUAUCUUUGAAAUAUAAAAGAAUGAAGAUAUGCCCUCUGUUGGUCAUAAUAAGUGAGUUAAAUAACUGCUGAGGUAUGGGAAGAUCAGAAUUAUGCAUUAAAGGAGUUCUUUUUCUAUUACAUUAUGGUCAGAUUCCGCUUAUAUUUUCCUAUAGCACUACCUGUGCUAUUUAAUGUCUUCAAUCUUGGUAUCUCAGUGGAGUUGAACUGGCUAAAAAUUUGUGUGAGAAUAUUCUGCCAAAUAAGCCUUGAUAAUAUCAGAACAUAGCUAUAACAGUGCAUUAUACUGUAAACUUAGGCUAGAAGAUUAAUAUUAACUUUGCCAUUUAUCUUUUUUGCAAACUCCAAAAUGAGCUUGGGUCUAACAGGAGAAGGCGCUAGACAUUUUGAUGCAUUUAAUCACUCAGUAGAAGCUGACUGGCUCAUUGAUCUGGUUAAUCUAAUGCUAUCCUGGUGAUGACUGAUAAUAAUAAUAAUAAUAAUAAAUAGGUUUCUAGAUAGCUUUCUCUUUACUCAGUUGCCUUUCUGCUUUAGUUUGUGCUGUAAUCCUAUGCCUGGCCCAGUCCUUUUUUUGCACUUGGAGCAAUGAUUUUUUAGUAAUGAGAGACAAGUCUACUGAUGGCAAAAGCAAUCUAGUUUUGUAUAUGGAAAUAUAAUUUUAAUUAGAGCCUAGAGACAAAUAAUACUGUAUUUUGCGUCUUCUGCCUCACCCUGGCAGAUGAGCCUUGCCAGCUACUUGUACUUGUUGUGUUUGACAUUUUCAGGGUCUUUUUUUGCUAAGGUUGCUAAAUAUAUAUUUUUCUUUCAUGUAUGCUGUCCACAUCCAAAAUCUAGUUAGGGUCAAGGAUGCUAUAUUUCAGUUAAUCAUGUCUUAACAGUUCUAGUGUAAGAAGCUCUUCUUCUACCCAUAGUUCUGAAGCCAUUCACAGUUAUGAACUUAGGUGCUUGAAUUAUGCAGUUUCCUCAGUGGUGCUAAUUGACCUGAACAUCCUACCCAAGAUAUAAUUUUGCUUGAAGAAAUCUCUGAUCAUGGAUGCUGACAGAAUAGUUGAUAGGGCACCGUUUUGACCUCUGCAGUACUAAAUGACUUCAGCAAAAAGGAAUAAAGUGAACGAUACAGUAAUUGGGAGAUAGCAGUUUGACUGCCAGUUAGGAAAGAAAAAAGAAAGACAUGUGUAAUUGUUAUGAUGAGGAAACCCAAUGAAGUGGGUAAGAAAGAUACCAGUCAAUACAAGUGUUGCAACACAAUACUAUUUUAUGUUUUGUAUAUAUAUUCUGCUGUCCAAGACCAUUUAGUGUGCCUUAUUUGCAUCCCAAAAGAGGAAAGCCUAAUAAGCAAAAAGAUCUCAAGAUUUCAUGCAUUUCAAAAACAAAAAGUUUAAGGAUAUUGGAAGAAAGAAUGAAUGUUGUGUAGUUUGAUUACAGGAAACAGAUUAGGUCAAGGGUCUGUCAAUUUUUUUCUGCAGCUUUGUAGUAGAGAUGCAUAUUGAGAAAUAAUGACUUAUGAAGAGUUUUCUAGAUGCCUGUUUUGCCUCUACUGAAAAUUAUUAUAAAGAGUCAGAUGUCUGUUCAGAGUACAAUUUUAGAGUAACAAUUUAUGUUGCUAUUAAUGUUUCAUGUUCUGGUAAAAAGAAGUACAGUGUUCCCUCACUUAUCGCGGGUGUUACGUUCACGGUGGUCCCGUGAAGUAGGCAAGGGUGAGGCAGAAGCGAGGAGAUUAAAAGCACCACACACCUUUUUUUUUUUUUGCUAUCUAUAAGGAAGGGGCUAUAAAACCGUGAUUUACAUACUGCUUUGUAUCUCCUCUCUCUUUUUUUAUGAUUGCCUGCCUCUCUCCCGAGAGGGAGGGCAAAACCCCUUUCCUCACUCCAUCAAUGCCAGGAGGCAAAAACCUACGAAAGAGCAAGUCCGUGAAAAGUGAACCACAAAGUAGCGAGGGAACACUGUAGUUUAGUUUUUGCUUUACGUUGAAGUUCAUCUUAGUCUAUGAUCAGGGGCUUUUCUAAGAUAAGGAAAAACAAAGUAUGCAAUAUUUUACCUAUUCAUAGAACUUACAUCUGGAAUAGAUUUUCUGUAAGUUAGGAAGGAAAUGCUGAUGUUCUAACAUACUUCAUUUUUAAAUACACUUCUGCUACAAAAAGGGAUUGCUAAAUACAGUUGUCCACCAUUAGUCAAAUUCUUUGCAUUUUUUAAUAAUAGAUAAAUCUGUUUUUUUAAAAAAAAACUGGUGUGAAAAGGCAGCAAAGUUGGUUUUCCACCAUUUGUCAUAGUCAUUACCUUUGAAAAAUAAAAUUACUACAACUUUCAGAACAAAUAAUGUCCCAUUUAUAUAAUGGACUUGUGGGUCAUUUUGCAGAUUCUUUUGCAACUACUGUUUCAGACUCUUGGAUUUAUUGCUUCUUCUAAUGAAAUGCAUAGUAUACAAGAUUUUUUCAAGCACAUUACUAUUAAAGUAACAGAAAAGUUUGUUUCACAGCAUAAUCUCAUCUGCAUCUAUUUUAUGAAGUCUUAUUGGUAUAGGUAACCAGCAGCCUCAUCCUAACUUUUAAAAUUAUCUAUGCACUGCAUAGGUUCCUUAGAAGAAACAUUUACCCUAUUUCUUUGCCAUGGCUUAUCUUGUCAUUUUUCUGUUUUCAUUCUUUUGCUCUUUUCUUUCUUUUUUUCUUUUACCCUCACAUGCCUACAGCAGGCUUGGACCUGAAUAUCAGCAGAGGCUGUCCGUGUCUGCUGUUGGUUCCACAAAACAGUAGGAUUCUGGUAUGAACAUGGCACAAAAACCAUGUGCCUCAUUUAUUGACAAAAUUUCACUGGUAUUUGUAAUAGCAGAAAGCUACUGGUGGCAAAAAUGGGGAGGGAGCCUGGAUGUGGUCCUUGGGCCAUGUUUGUUACCCACGCCAUCCCAAAAUGGAUGUUGUUCUGCAGCACCAUUGUGAUGGUCAAACCAGAAGUUGCAUCUGUUUUCUUUCAACUCUUUCCUGUUCUUUGCCCAUUAUAUUUGGAAUUCAGUAUGGCUAGACACCAUACAAGGAGCUCCCAGUGGCGCACUUCUAAACUUUAUGACCGAAAGGUUGCAGUGUCGAAUCCGGGGAGCAGCGUGAGCUUCUGCUGUCAGCCCCAGCUUCUGCCAACCUAGCAAUUUGAAAACAUGCAAAUGUGAGUAGAUCAAUAGGUACUGUUCCAGUGGGAAGGUAAUGGUGUUCAUUGCAGUCAUGCUGGUCACAUGACUUUGGAGGUGUCUAUGGACAAUUCUGCCUCUUCAGCUUAGAAAUGGAGAUGAGCACCAACCUCCAGAGUUGGACACAACUGGACUUAAUGUCAGGGCAAAACCUUUACCUUUACCUAGACACCAUUGAUGUCUGGAUUCUCUUAUUUUAAGAAAUGCAUAGGUAUUAAAUAUGUAUGUAUGUAUUUAUUUAUCUGUCAGGUUGUUUGCUUUAUUGUAUUUCUUCCCUUAUUCCUUCUCUUCCUUAUUUUCUUCUAUGUCAUGAGCAUUUUGCUUUCAAGGCAGUGAUCAAUGCCUUGUGGUCUCUUAGUCAUUGUUUUGAAGUUUCUUUAGGAAUUUUAAGAUAGCAUAAAACAUAUCAGGUGAUGGCUACCAGUGAAAGGCAAGAUGUUCUAAAGUGGGAGUUGUCUACAAUGAAAUGUAUACAAAUCUGGCUUCCUGAGAAGAAGCUGCAUGUAGAUAUGAAUGGGAAUUAUGUAUAUUUCUUUUACUGAGAAAAUUUCUUAUGCAAAAAAUGUUUUGUUGUGGCAGCUAAAGGAUCGUGUGAGUUCAUGAAAUACUUGUGUCUUACCCUGUUGGGCUCAAUUGAGUGUUACAGGCAAGGACUCGGUAACAACAUCCAUGUUUAUGCAGUAUUUUAACAGCUUGCUCUAGAGAGAAAUCUAGUUGAAGAAUAUAUGAUGUCUUUGUGAACUAAAGAAUAUUGAAAUAUACUCACUUUAGCACACCUCUUGUCAAGAUUUCUACCUCCUGAAUUUUAAAGAUAUGCUACUAGAAAUGAAGCUAUUCGCCUUAGAGCUUUAAAUUAUUAUAACACUGUAAGAUAUUAAAGCAACUUUCUAACUGUAAGUGUCCAUUCCAUUGUGAACAAGCAGAACACAAAAGUGCCUUUUUAAUAAAGAAGUGGUCUGUUUCAUGUGUUAAUGCAUAGUAUAAUAUAAUCCAAUUAGUCACUCGUGAAAAGGACAUUAUUUCACAAUGUCAGUUCUGUAAUUUUUGAAUAACAUUUUAAUUAAAUAUAUGAAUUAAUGCACAA